CAUGUACUAAAGCUGCCCCACCGCGCACGAGCAGCGGCUUCGGCGUUCCUGUGCGUGCGGGGCAAUAUGGCGGAUCGACUCACGCAGCUGCAGGACGCCGUGAACUCGCUUGCAGAUCAAUUUUGCAAUGCCAUUGGAGUAUUACAACAAUGUGGUCCUCCUGCCUCUUUUAAUAAUAUUCAGACAGCAAUUAACAAAGACCAGCCAGCUAAUCCUACAGAAGAGUAUGCCCAGCUUUUUGCAGCACUGAUUGCACGAACAGCAAAAGACAUUGAUGUUUUAAUAGAUUCCUUACCCAGUGAAGAAUCUACAGCUGCUUUGCAGGCUGCUAGCUUAUAUAAGCUAGAAGAAGAAAACCAUGAAGCUGCUACAUGUUUGGAGGAUGUUGUUUAUAGAGGAGACAUGCUACUGGAAAAGAUACAGAGUGCACUUGCUGAUAUUGCACAGUCACAGCUGAAGACAAGAAGUGGUACCCACAGCCAAUCUCUUCCAGACUCAUAGCACCACGUGGCUGAAAAAAGAACUGUUUCAUUACCGUCAAGAAUUCUGUAUCAGAUUUGGAUGCCUUACCAACAGUCACAGAAACACUGAACACCAUGACAUGCUUUAUCCUUUCUACUUUUACUAGUCUUCUCUUCACUCUUGAUAAAUAAGCUUAUAAAAUUGUGAUUGCACCAGCUCUUUCUUUUCUUUUCUUUUCUUUUUUUUUUUUGCGAUAGGACGUGUGUGCUUAUCAGAGAGGGAGAGAAAAUAAGAAAUGAUUCCCUGGGGACAUGGCCACACCACCGUCCCUUCUGUGCUCUCCUCUCAGGAUUUUGGGCGUACAUGCACAUAGGCCAUGUGCAUGAUUCUUAAGAUGCAAGAUCUCAGAUUAACCACAAAAUCAGCCAUGUGGGAUCGAGCACCUUAACCUCCAAGUCACCUGCUGGCCUCCUUAACCAGUUUUAAACUCCUAAUAUCAGUUUGUUUUUUUAUCUCAGUGAAAUUAGGCAGGCAUUGCACUAAUGAUUAUAAUUUAAUCAAAAUAUUAUGAAGUUCUGUUAUGACAUAAUGUCUUUAUUUUUGUCAUACACAAUAUUUAGGGUCCUUUUAUAAAUCAAAACAUCCCUUAAACCAGAAGAAAGGUGAUAGUGCAGAGGUAAGGGGCUUUUAAGUUUAGAUUGUUCUCUUUUUGCCUCUUUAGAGGUGGCAUUGUAUAAAUUUGGGGCUUUGAGCAAGAAUAUUUCCGAGUGUUUGCUUUAAUUAAAAGCAGAGUGAGUGUGCUGAGAGCAGGUGAUUUAUGUUCAAAUCUUUUCUUCCAGAACCUCAUACCUAUUCUGAUUUUCCUCUUUUGUUCUUACUAAGAAAUCUUCCCUGUGGAAUUCUUGUGUUAUUAUGAAAGAAUGUUCAUUCCAAAUUACUUUUUCCCCAUAUGCUUUUUUCAUUUUUAUCUUUAAUUUGCUUGUCAUUAACUGUGAAUUAUGUUUCCUGAAUCAUUGAUGUCUGUCUUUAUCUGAAGGUAUUAUCUUCUCAUUAACUUCUCAAACUUUAUUGUUGUAUUCCAAUCUGAGCAGAAUAUACUCUCAGCUAUAUCAUUUGCCAUCAAUAUUGUUUUCCCAUUUAACCUCAGUUUGUUAUUGCUGAUAUUUGUGUCAGCAUUAGCAACUGUGAUUAUGGAUCUCCUUGACUCUGUGUUAUCUCCACUGAAAAGCUGGAGAUGAAAUCUGUUCUGCAGUGCAUUGUAACUGAUUCUUCUUCCUAAGGCUGCAUUGUUUAUAUUUGCUGCAGUUUCUUACUAUUCAGAGUUUUAAGUUUCUGGAGAAAGCUAAAGAGCAAUAGAGCUUUCUGUCUAUUAUCUUCAUUAUAAUCAAGCUUUUCCCCAGUCUUUGAAAAAGACUAUGCUUCAAAGUUCAGGAGCAUCAACAUUAAUUUUUGCAGUUAAUGUUAUAGCAAUUUAUUGACUAGUUAAAAAAAUUUUAACUUAAUUUUUAUGUGUAUUAUUACUGAAAUUUAAUAAAAACACUUUACCAUCA